ACCGUCCUCUAGACUAUGGUAAUGGACUGCGGGACGUUAGUCAGUAUUUCCAAGAUGGCGGCUUCUUCAACGUCGCAGCCGGAGAUGAACCUGUGCGAGUCCCCGGUGCCAGCGUCAAUGUUUUCCCCGGAGCCUGACGACGAGGACUCGGACUGCAGCGUGGACGGAGAGCCGCUGAGGAACGGCGAGGCGGAGGCGGACCUCACCAGCAAACAUGUCUUGGUAAGCCCCAGUGGAGAGCAGUAUGACAGCCUUUUACGCCAGCUACGUGAGCGAAUGGAUGAAGGACGAGGGGAGACGAUAUAUGUUGUUGGUCAAGGAUCUGAUGGUACAGAAUAUGGGUUAAAUGAGAGUGAUAUGGAGGCAUCUGUGGCUACAGUAGCUAGCAUGGCAGAACAGAUUGGUGCUGACAUGAUCCUGCUGCGAGAGCACCAAGAGGUUGGAGGUAAAGUACGGGACUACCUGGUGCGCAAACGAGUGGGAGAUGAUGACUUCUUGGAAGUAAGGGUGGCUGUAGUUGGCAAUGUGGACGCUGGGAAGAGUACACUUUUAGGAGUUCUGACACAUGGAGAACUCGACAAUGGCCGUGGUUUUGCCAGACAGAAACUCUUUCGGCACAAGCAUGAGAUUGAGUCGGGCCGCACCAGCAGUGUGGGAAAUGACAUCUUAGGCUUUGAUAGCCAUGGACAUGUUGUAAACAAACCAGACAGUCAUGGAGGUAGUCUGGAAUGGACCAAGAUAUGUGAGAAGUCUUCAAAGAUCAUUACUUUUAUAGACCUUGCUGGCCAUGAGAAAUAUUUGAAGACCACUGUAUUUGGAAUGACUGGUCACCUACCAGAUUUCUGCAUGCUGAUGGUUGGCAGCAAUGCUGGCAUAGUAGGCAUGACUAAGGAGCACCUCGGUCUGGCGUUGGCAUUAAACGUUCCAGUCUUUGUGGUGGUAACAAAGAUUGACAUGUGUCCAGCAAAUAUAUUACAAGAAACUUUAAAACUUCUGCAGAGGCUGCUUAAAUCUCCUGGAUGCAGGAAGAUUCCAGUCUUGGUACAAAAUAAAGACGAUGUCAUUGUAACAGCCUCCAACUUCAGCUCAGAAAGGAUGUGUCCGAUCUUUCAAAUCUCUAAUGUAACAGGGGAAAACAUGGAUCUGCUCAAAAUGUUCCUCAAUUUGCUGUCUCCCCGAUGCAGCUCAAGGGAAGAAGAACCUGCAGAGUUCCAGAUUGAUGAUACCUACUCUGUACCAGGUGUGGGCACAGUGGUUUCAGCAACAUUAAGAGGACUGAUUAGGCUAAAUGAUCUAAGCUCCUAGGACUGACCCUCUUGGCACUUUACUUCUAUAGCAGUGAAGUCUAUACAUCAACGCAUGCCUGUCAAAGAAGUACGAGGUGGUCAGACGGCAUCUUUUGCUCUUAAGAAGGUACAACAAUAUAAGCGAUCCUCUAUCAGAAAGGGCAUGGUAAUGGUUUCGCCCCGCCUUAACCCUCAAGCAUCUUGGGAGUUUGAAGCUGAGAUCUUGGUGCUGCAUCACCCUACAACAAUCAGUCCACGAUACCAGGCGAUGGUGCAUUGUGGCAGUAUCCGUCAAACAGCCACCAUUCCUCAGUAUGAGCCGUGACUGCUUGGCACUGGAGACAAGGCUACAGUCCACUUCAGAUUCAUAAAAACACCAGAGUACUUGCACCAUAGACCAGCGACUGUAUUCAGAGAGGGUCGAACGAGCGUGGGCACAAUAACUAAGUUGCUACAAAGCACAAACAACUUGCCAAUGAACUCGAAGCCACAGCAAGUUAAGAUGCAGUCUACCAAAAAGAGUCCGCUUGGAAAGAAGGAUGAAGCAAACCCAGGGACCGCAGCAGUGGAGGAGGUCCCUCUGGCAGCCACUGUUGGAGCAGCAUCUGGAGCAACAGGGUUGCAAGCACAGCCAAAGACGGGGGGAGGUGGAAGACGCCGCGGUGGGCAAAGGCAUAAAGUAAAAUCUCAAGGGGCGUGUGUGGCCCCAGCAGGAGGUUGUUGAACUUGACUGCUCAAUUCAUGUGUCCCUCCAACAAGUUGAACAUGCCCUCACCACUAUGUACUUGAGAGAAGCGGCACACUCCCAGCUGUCCUGCAGUUCUGUGUACAUCAGCCUAAUCCAAAUGCACAGUUUUACUAUUGAGCUAUGACUAUGGCGACCAAUGAUCAGUCAUUGUGGCUUUGAAUCCUGGCUCACUGUAAAGGCAAAGAAUGAAGUACACCCACGGCAGGAUUGUAACAUUAAUUCACAAGGUCUUACUUUGAAAUGCCAAGUCAACAAGUGAUUGUCCACCAUGUAACGGCAAAUUGGACAUGGACUUUCAUUAUUAUAUCUUGUAAAUUUAGGUAAAAAUUUUAGUUCCCUAACAUUUCCGAAAAGACCACCAUGCUAUUUAAGAAAAAAGUGUUUGACAUUUUAUUUUAAAGAAUAUUUUACUUUUACACAAUGUGUAGUUUUGUACUGUUGGGUUUGUACAUUACUUAUUGUGUUCAUUUCAGUUAUUUUUUUCCACCUGGCAAAGGCUACAUUUUAAGAUCUUUUCUUUUAAUGUAUUGUAAUGAUAAAUAGGGGCUUUCAUUUAUGUUCUUAAAUUACCUUCCAGAAUUUUUAAUGACUCGUUGUAUAUUCUUAUGUGGCAGCUUGGUUCUUUCUGUGGCAUAUUGCAGAUAUCACCUCUAAAGUGGCUAUUGAUUCUCAUUGUUAAAUGUGUGCCAUUCUAACAAAAAUAAUUGCUUUUACAAAGACCUUUUGUGUGCCAUGAAGAGCUGGAACUAACCCUGUGAAAAGUAUCUCUGCAAAUACCACUCAUGUAAGGUCCCAUUUGGGUUUUACCAAUGAACAAUAGCUUGUUUUCUGGGUUUAGGCAUAUCUGACAUUUAGCUAAAUGUGAGUUUAUUGUGUUUGCAGGACUUGGCCUAUAGUUAAGAGCGUUCCACCAUUUAAGGUUGCUCUUUGGGCAUGAUAUAACACAUUUAUACCCCCUCUAAUUUACUGAGGUUUCGGGGGGGGCGGGGGAUGCUAACUUGUGCUUCCAGCCUAAAAGGAUUUUUGUCAUUCCUAAUGUGGUGUCGGCUUUGUCGGAGUUGUGCUGUUCAUUUAAACUUAGGUAUCCUUGAUUACGACUUUGAUAAAGAACUAAACCUAUAUGUCUUA